UCUACUCUAUAGGUUGGAACAUGAGGACAAUAUGGCACCUUUAAAGUCAUGACCUUUUGACCCCCAGGUCCAGGUAGCUGUGAGGUGAGGUCGAGGCGAUUCCUCCACACCUCCGUCUCACCCUCUCCUCCUCAGUGUGCCGACGACGGCAGCUUCCUCCCCGUCCAGUGUCAGUUCAUCAACAUGACGGACAGGAAGCAGCUGGACCUGCUGCACGCCUUCAACAGGUUUCCAGAAGCCUUUGAGACGUUCAGCAGCUUCAGGAAAUUCUUCCCGAUGGUUUCCUCUUACUGUUUCUGUUCAGACAGCCGAGGCAGAGAGACGGAGAACACAGGUGUGGAGCUCCUCCUCUCUGAGGUGUAUGACUCAGCGUUCUCCGGUCUGCGGUCCGGUCGCUCGUUCUCUCAGACGAACAUCUACAGAGUCCUGCAGAGGAGGAUGCUGGGAGUCCGCCUCGCCCUCACCGGACACUUCAGAUGCCCCUCCCCCUGUGAGGAGGAGCGGCGGGCGGCGAUGGAGGCUCUGAGUGUUUUCGUCCCGUCCUGUGAGAGUGGAGGAUCCUUCAGGUCCACACAGUGUCAGCAGGGGGCGCAGUGCUGGUGCGUGGACCCCACAGGGAGGGAGGUUCCUGGGACACGACGGCUCGGAGACGCCGCGCUCUGCAGUGAGUGACCCGGAGGUCGAAACACGAGGAGACGAGACUCCUCUCCUCUCUCCUCUCUCCUCUCUCCUCUCUCCUCUUCUCCUCACCUCUUCUCUCCUCUCCUCU